AUGGCCACACUUCCUCCAGCCCGCGUGAUCCUGUGCGGCCAUUCAAUGGGUGGUCUUCUAACAGCAGAAGUUGCGUUCGCAGCUCCUCCUGGUCGAGUUAUCGGCUUAAUUUCGUUCGAUGUUCCGUUCCUUGGAGUGCAUCCACAUGUUGUAUUAAGUGGUAUUGCCUCAUUAUUUAAGAAGAAAGAAGGCAAGGAUGAAGCCGAAGUCAACGAUCCGCAGCAUGUCGAAAUAGUUCCUAAGGAAGCUGGGAGACCUUAUCUUCAAGGCUCAGACAGUAGUAUGAGUGUGGGCCUUGGGGCAUCUACAAGUUCGCUUCCUACUCCCAACCUCGAUCGAUCUCCAACGCCCUCAACCGGCUCACCGUUGCUUAGCCCUCCAACCCAUCCAUCACGCGGUGCUCUCAAUUCCGCCUCCCCCUUCGCUGAAUCACUUCAUCUUAGUGGGCCUAGUGCACCUGUCCGCGUGGUCUCUCCUAGACUCGAACAAGCUUUCGAGACUUUUGGUCUCGGUCCUAUUCCCCAAUCCGUACACAACGUGGUCCAUUUCCUCGACAAACACUGGGGAUUUUCGGGUAUCAAGGACUGGAUCGUUCAAAUUUUUGAAUUCGGAGGAUGUUUGUUGGAUCCACAGGGAUUAAUAAACCGGUAUGAGAAGAUGCAAGCGUGGGGGUCGGACGAAACGGCUGGACCAUAUGGUAGAGGGUGGGUUAACUUGUGGACGGUCACCGUUCCAAAACGAAGGGGCGAUAUGCCUGGCUGGCACGCCUCACUGCCGGAUGACGAGGAUCGUGAAGCGGCUCUUUCUGAAGCUAUGAACUUGUCGACGAUGAUCAGCGACGAGACAAAGCAGAAUGGUUUGUCCCCCAGACCAUCAGUGUCAUCGACUGGGGCGAGCUCCAUUCAAUCAAGCGUAUCCCGAACUGAUACUCUAAUAACCACGCAAUCGACUACGCCAUCCGAAUUUACCCAAUCUAGCAAGAGGAGUGAUGAUAUCAAAACAGCCCUAGAGGGACUCCAGGCCCAAAUGGCUAUGGAAUCAACGACAAAAGAAGAAAAAUCUGCCCUCAAAGAGAAGGAAAAGGAACUCAAGUCCCAGCAGAAGUCUUUGGAGAAGGAGGAAAAGGUCGCGCGAAAGGAGGAAGAACGCCGGACCAAGGAUGCUGAACGCCAGGCAAAGAAAGAGGCCAAAGAACGGCAAAAAGCUUUAGACGCAGCGACCAAGCGUGCACGAGAGGCUGAUAAGAUUGAUUCGCCACACCACUUUGUUGUUCUGCCCCGAAAGGGUACUGAUCAGAACUGGAUAUGCAUACCUGUCGCAGGCGCAGAUAGCGAAGUAACUGCGCACUGUGGCUUAUUCUUCCGAGAGGAAAACCAUGAGUAUGAUAGAAUGGUGACCGACGUUGGAAACAUUGUUCGGGGCUUUUGGGAUGGUGAUGGAGGGAUGAGGCACAUGAAACUUACUUCGUAG